AAACCGCAUGAAACACACACAUACACACACACACACACGCCGUUUGAGGUUCCAGAAGGAGAAACACUUCAGUUACUGUAGCAAGGUCUGGGUCAUUUUCAGUUUCCAUUCCCAUCCUGAACACAGAGACGAUGACACAGCCGGCAGACUCCAUUCUACACAGUGGUUACUUUCACCCAACUCUCCGAUACUGGCAGACCUGUGCUUCAGACCUUAGGCCAGAUAACCUCAUAUAUCCUAUCUUCAUUACUGACAGUCCUGAUGCAGUGGAACCAAUUGCAAGUCUACCUGGUCAAGCGAGAUAUGGCGUCAAUAAGAUAGAGGGUUUACUUCGUCCCCUUGUGGAUAAAGGCCUUAAGUGUGUGCUGAUUUUUGGAGUUCCUGCAAAUGUUGCAAAGGAUGAGAGAGGCUCUGGUGCAGACAGAGAUGACACGCCUGCAGUGCUGGCUGUGAAGAAACUGAGGAGCACAUUUCCUGAACUUGUGUUGGCCUGUGAUGUGUGCCUUUGCCCCUAUACCUCUCAUGGCCACUGUGGAAUCCUCCGUGAAGAUGGCAGCCUGGAUAAUGCCGCAACCUGUUUGAGGUUGGCUGAAGUAGCUCUGGCUUAUGCUCUAGCAGGCUGCCACAUCAUCGCCCCUUCUGAUAUGAUGGAUGGACGAAUUGCAGCCAUUAAGCAAGCACUAAUCAGUAAUGAUCUUGGCAACAAGGUGUCAGUGCUGAGCUACAGUGCUAAAUUUGCCUCCUGCUACUAUGGACCAUUCAGGGAUGCUGCCCAGUCUAAACCUGCUUUUGGAGACAGACGAUGCUAUCAGCUUCCCCCUGGUGCCAGAGGACUAGCACUGCGGGCCUGUGACCGGGAUGUGAAAGAAGGUGCUGACAUGCUGAUGGUGAAACCUGGAUUACCAUACCUUGAUAUUGUGAGAGAGGUCAAGAAUAAGCACCCUACUCAUCCACUGGCAGUGUACAAUGUAUCAGGCGAAUUUGCCAUGUUGUGGCAUGGAGCUGAAGCUGGAGCUUUUGAGCUGCGCACUGCAGUUAUGGAGGCUAUGACUGCCUUCCGUCGAGCAGGAGCUGACAUAAUUAUCACCUACUACGCUCCUCAAUUGCUCACAUGGUUAACGGAGUAAUCUGUUGAUUCUCCUGUGUGAAUAAACCUGGAUCAAAGCAAACUCUUUAUUUUUAAACUUUCUCUUUCUGAGAGUGACACUAAGGGGGACAAAAUCUGACAAGCAAAUAUUAGUACACAAAUCAGUCUUUUCAGAAGAUUUUUUAAUAUGAUUUAUGUAUUUAGUUAGAAACGCAUGUAAGCAAACUGUGAUUUUUCUAGUUCUCAAAUUUGGGUGUUUGGUGUAUUACUUGAAAAGUGUUUUCAUUAAGAUAUGUUUUACUGACUACAGUGUAAAACUGUCAUAAGACUCAAGUCAUGGAAGGCACUGUGUCUCAAUUCAGCAGCUCUGAGUAAAACUCCCAGCCACUUUGGCAAAUUAUGUGUUUUAAUAUGAAUAUCCGUAUGUCAAGGCUAACGAUGCAAAUAACACUGUAAACCAUGCAUUAAAUAGAGUUUUUACCAGGCAAUGGUUCACUACUAUUAGAAAUAGAGCAAAGAAAAGAGAUCAAUAAUUGGGGGAAACAAGAAGGGGGUGAAUU